UCCCCUCCUUUCAUUCUGUCUCUGCAUCCCGCUCUGCCUGAGCCUCAUUUUACUGUCUAUAUCCCAAUUACCCCUCCCAACAUGCCUCUCUCCCCCUAGCUCUCUCCCCGUUCUACCACCCCUCCUACCAGUAACCCCAACACCUUCUCAAGUUCGGAUGCGAUAACACGCGUGGGUAACAACAAUAAUCAAUUCCAUCCGAUAGUUAUUUGCGUUCUCUAUAAAAUCUCCCGGGAAUGUGAACCGUGUCUGAAACUCUGAAUUCAUCGUGAAGCGUCUGCUCCAGAAGGAAUAUAUGUGAAUUAUAAAUGGAAUAUGUCACUUAGUUCAACCAAUGGAAUUCUUCUUGCCACUUGUUUGAUGUUUAUUGACAUAAAAAGCUGCCACAAGCGACGAGAAUGGAAGACGAGGCGGCGAGCGUAAAUCUUCCACUUUCGCUAGCUCAAAUCACGGCGUUCCGUCCGGGUAAACAAGCGUACAAUGGAUUCGGUGAGCGAGAAGUUUUGGCCAUUUGCAAGGAAUGUUGUUCGGCUCUCCAACGGGUUGUGGAUUCGGGAAAUGAAGAUGGCCUGGUGGUCUGCCCCGAUUCCUUUAUUCUGCAUCCGAAUGGGAAUAUCACAGUUAUCAAAUCAGAAGGUGAUGUUGGUAAUGAGUUUCAAGCCCCUGAGAGUCAAACGAUGGGAUUUUCAGAAAAGUCUUGUGUAUAUUCUCUUGGGGAGACACUGCUGAAUCUGAAGAACAACUGGCCUGAAGAUAGUACCUUAUAUCACCUGCUUCAGAAUCUAACAUUGGAUGAUCCUAACCAAAGACUUGCAUUGGCAGAAGUUGACCUAAUCUGCAAACACUCACUUCACAGACUCUCGGGGCAAUAUAAGGAAGGAGAUAAACACUAUGGAUGGCACAUUGUACCAAACACACAGGAUGCUACUAGUAGUAGGCAAGAAAGAGUUUCAUCAGGAGAUGAGCCCUUAAACCAGUCAACCAAAGAUAGCACCGGAGACUCAUCCUGUCCUCUCACCUUGAAUGAGCUUAUUCAGCAACCUCAGGAAGACAUAAUUCUUGUCAAACCUGUUCCUUCACAAGGCAAGAUGGCAUCAGGCGGCAAUCUUGGUCCCCCAAGCCUUGAGGCAUUUGGGAAUUUAUCUACAAGAGCUCAAGAAAUCCUGAAGAAAAUCUACUCAUCAGAGAGCUCAUCUAAAUCAGAGACUAGUGGAAUAUCCAAAGUAGGUUCUGAUUCCAAUAUUUCCAGCAAUGAAGUAAAACAUUUUGGAUUUGAUAGUGAAGGGAGGUUGGCUCAUUCAAAUCCAGCUUCAAAACGGAACUCGUUAGUGUCAAUGAGUGACUCUCUCUUAAGCCCGCUAAGUGGAAGUCCAAGGGAACAUAGUCUUUCAAGAAGAUACAGUGAUACUGAUUCUAAAAUAUCGGGUAUUGGAUCUGGGACUGUAUCAUCACCGUUAAAUGUGUCGCCUGUUCCAAUCAUCACAGUGUCAAGGCCUGAAUCUGAAACACCUCCCCUGCAAAUGUCAAAUGACAAACCAAGGGCACGAUCUCUGGACUCGGCUGUAACCGCUCAGGUGUCCAGUGCAUUAACAAAGUUCAUCAAGUCUAGGAAAAUUAGUGGUGUUUCUAAACCUCUUGAGAAAUCAACAGAUGCAUCGCAGGAUUCUCAAAAAGUGUCAGAAAGACUCUGUAGAGACAGCGUGGACUACUCAAGUUCCCUUGGAGGAACGGACGAUGAAUGCUCCAGUGGACACAAAACAGAUGGUGAUUGGUUUAUGCUGGAUGAUCCUUUUGCGGAAACAGAGUCAGAACCUGAGGGAGACACACUGCUUUCAAAUAGAAUACGCUCAAAUAGUAUCGCGACUUGCAACCUAUUCAACUCUAAGCCAUCAGCAUUUAGGGCAACCCAGUUAAAAACUGCCAGAAAGUCAACUACAAGUCUGUCACAUCUAUCUGAAAUCCAAGAAGAGGAAAAUAAGCCUUCAUCAGGUAUAACAUCACAUACUGUGGAGAAUGAUACUUCAGCUUAUUCAAAUAUCAAAGAUCUUGCACAGCUUCGAUAUAAGAGAGCAAGUGAGAUCCGACCUCCUGAAUCUCAUGAUCUAUUUUCUAGUACUACAACCCAUUUCACGCCAAUUGUACUAAGUUCUACAAAACCUGAAGGAUCUGUUAGUUCACCUAUUAUGGAUAUAGCAAAAGUAAAAGCAAAGAAAGCAAUGGAGCUCAUCAAAUCAGACCUUAAGGUGUCCAGGAAAGAAAAGCCACCACCAUCAAUGCUACAAGAUCUUGAAAAUGAUGCAGCUGAUUUUGUUCCAGUAGAUCAAGGAAACAGUUUGCAACCUGUUAAAGAAAUGGCUGAGCUAGAGGGGAUGAGUGGAAAAAGCAAAAGUGAAAAACAAAUUUCAGAAAAUGUGGAAAGUCAGUCUAAAUCAGAGCUUACUACUGAUCAGAAAUUAAAGUUGUUAUUUGAAAAACACGGCCUUGCAUCCCCCAAUCCAUCUCCUUGCUCGUCGCCAAAUCCAGCAGGAUCAUCAAGACUUUCAAGGGUUUCUAGGAUCACACCACUUCUUGAAGAGAAUGAGAAGCAAUCAAGUGAUGCAGGAGAAGUGCCGGUUAAACAUUCGGGAAGAGACACCAUGGACAAACAGGAAGUAACUAAAGAAAUUGAUCCAGUAGUGGAUUUGAGAGCAAAGAGAAAAAUUUCAGGUAGCCAAAAUGUUUCUUCCCCAAUCUUCAAAAGGGAACCUGUCACGGUGGUCCAACAUUCUCCGUUGAUGAAGGAAGUAGGUUUUGCUCCCAUAUUCAAACCUGAAGAAAAAUCUGCAUCAGAUGGCUUGUCUAGUAAUUUAUCAGUAGCUGAAGUAUCAGCGAGGAAGAGUCCUUUAGUAUUCCUACACCGGUCCUCCUUGGAAAGUAAUGAACCACAGAAGACUACGCCGGUAUGUGACAAUGCAAGUGAUCCUUCUAAAUAUGGAAUAAAUGAAAGGGGGAGAAUAGAGGAAGUAAAGAAUGAAGUAGAACAUCCAGUGAAAAGUGUGGAAGACAUUAGAUUAAAGGAAGAACCUACCGAUAUUGAUAGAACAACUGAUCUCAAAGCAAGGAGGUCAAAUAAAUCGGCCAUGAAAGUGGUUUCAACACCACAAGCGGGCAACAUAUCUAGUGAAUCAGGUUCUCAGGAGAAAACAGCAACAGAACUUGUUAAGACAGGAUCCAUCUUGUCUCAAGGGACUUCUGAAAUAUCAGAUCCAGCUACAGUGACUUUGAAUGCAUUGGAGAAACGAGAUACACCAAAUCAACUUGCCAAUAAGAACAUUCCAAUUCAGGUUCAACUCCAGCAAGAUCCUGAAACUGGGCUCUACAGAGUUCUACCAGUGGGAGCUCCCUUGCAAGGGCUACCCAUGCAUAUUACUCCAUCCUCGUCUACUCCAACAUCUCCUGUGCAAUCCGUUACAAAUAGCACUACUGCAAUUAUUUCUCCGGGUACGACGCACACCCCCAGCCCUAGUUCUUUGGUAUCAACUUCACCGGGUGGAAACAAGCUCACCCCAAGAAAGAAAAAGUUUGUGGACACCAGCAGCGAUCCAGACUCUUCAGCGCUUUCCCAUCGGUAUCAACAUAGAAAUCCUCCAGAGCGCAGGAAAGAACACACCAAGAAGAGGACUGAACGGUCAAAGUACUCCGUGUCUCCUCACAAGAAGUCGUUGAAUAAACUGUCCAACUUGAUAACGGAUUCCGAGAGCAGCGAGUCCUCUUUCUCCAGUCCUGUUCCCGUCCUGGGUCAUGAGAAGAGCCAGGCGCACAUCCGUCCGCAUCGGAAGAAACCCACCAGGUCACCGGCUAGUUCCUCUCAUGGAGAUUCGGAUCACAGAAAGGAGAGACACAAAGAUCAGGUGAAUGCCAUGAGAUCGCCUCAAGUUGAGAAGAUUUAUCGGGAGCAUGGUCACCGGUCUCAGAGUAAGCCAAGAGAAAAGAGCUGCCCUACCCCACCUUCCAACAGUUCUACCCCAACAGGGGACCACAAAUCACAGAUGAAACUAUCUCACCACAACCGCCUAAGGUCCACUCAAGCUCGCCUCACCACCGACGACAUGGAUGAUACCCGACCAGUGGACCAUACCUUGAUGCUUAGCUCGCCAGUAUCGGUAUCGAUGUCGUCGCCGUCGAGGGAUAGUGGUGUUCACCUACGCUAUGCGACGUCGAGCGGUGAAGACCUUCCAUUGAUCCAGGAGGCUCAUCUUGCGGAUGCUCUUCAGGGUAACUCUCAUCUCAAGAAAGUCAUCAAGCAGAUCAGACAAGCCUUUGCCUUUGACGGAUAUCUUGAAAAUGGUGUGGAAGAUCUCCAGAUGGCUGAAUACAUCUCAUCCCUGGCCAGCGUGACAUAUACAACCUUCUCCAGUGCAGUUACUGAGAAAUUUUGUGAUCUAUAUUGGGAAGAAGAACUCCUUGAAGGAUUAUAUGAAGCAGUCAACGGAAAGAAACCUGCUCAGCCUACUACCAAGAGUACACCAACAUCACAGAAGUCCAGUGAGGUCAAUAGGAAGUCAAAAGAAACCGCUUUAGCAGCAAAGGACUUGAAGAUAGGAAGAGAUCAAUCUAGAGGAAGGAAUGAAACAAAGAGAAGCUCCUCCGAGAAGACAUCUGGAGAGAGUGCAAGAAAGAUGGCUUCCAAAUCCAAUGAGCCAAGAGGAAAACAUGAAGAAGGAGAAGGAAAGAGUAGAGAAAAGGUAGCAGAAAGGAAGUCUGCAGCAAGUAAAGAUGCCAAGAGCCACAGGACAGGGUCAAAGACAGAGGGAAGUAGAGAAAGGAAGACCUUGUCUCCGGAACCACCGAGACCAACAUCCUCAAAGAAGCUGUUGAGUGAAGGUGAUGGUGAGAAAGGUAGUCAACAAGGACAAGGUCGGUCCAGUGAAACAAGACGUAAGAAGUCCACAGAGGAUAUCAAGGCAGAUUCAAAACGGGUACAAAGGCAAGGACAGGCUAGAGAUAAAUCCUCUGGGGAAAAGAAGGAGACCAGGGUUACCCAGAAGGAUGAAUCUGAGAAGAAGCAAGAACAUAUUGGUGGACAUGUCCAGAAUGGUAGUGAGGGUGGAAAGGAAAGCAGGAGAACUCGUAGCGAAGAGGCUUCGGCUAGUCGGUCCCGUAAAGUUAGCGCUGAUAGCAAGGAUGGUAGAGAGAGUAGAAACAGCAAAGAUGGAAGGGAAAGUAGAAAUAGUAGAGAUGGGAGGGAAAGUAGGAAUAGCAGAGAUGGGAGGGAAAGAAGAGCCGGAAGAGUAAAUCACGAAAGGAGAGAAGAUAGUGUGCAGAGAAGAAAGUUUGAUACUACAGAAGAAGAGGAUAUCCAAAUGCUUUCACCUUCGAAUACCAGUAAAACAAGUGUAAAGCCACGCAUAGGGAAGCUGCAAGAAAUAAAUGAUGAGAACGGAAAUACGAAAUCUCAAGAGUCUCUGCUGUCCUCAUUUAAAGACUCAUCUCAUGGAGACCAUGACAGUCACGACUCAUUGCUAGAUCAUCUGAACGAUAGUUCCUACCUUUCCAGUACCAGUGAUCUAUCCUCUAGCCUCCCCUUGCCAAAGCAACAAUCAACACCAUUGCUUAGUAAGACUCUCCCUGUAACCAAAACAGAAGUGAUCCAAUCUAGGCUUACCCCAGUUGGUAGACACUCCCCAGGUGGCAUUCAAGGCCCUCUUGGUUCUUCCCGACGUGAUAGCAUUGCCUCGUUCAGUAGCACGUCAUCGGGAACAUCUUCACGUACGCACCAGAGCUUUGCAACCGGCUCAUUAGCAGACUCCAUGCUGGAGAGUUCCAUUGAGGAAAACAGGCUAGUCAUGCCCAGCGGCGUGUUAUUCAGUGGGGAUAAAGUGGAUCCAUCGGUUGCGGAGUAUGCACAAAACCUGACUGGAUGUGGAGAAACCCAGAACUCAAUAGAGAGCAAAAUAUCUGAAGUAGAUCAACAGCUGACUCUAGAGAAGCGAUCUCAGAAGAAGACAGCAAAGUUCUACCGUAAGCUUCAGGAGAAGGUUACUUCUGAGAACAAGGGGAUCGCGUCCAAGGUCAAGCAAGAGCUUGCAGAAACCAACCAAAAGAUUGAGUUCUUAGAAUCAGCCAAGAGGCAUCUUGAGAUGUUGUAUGCUGAACAGUGGGGACUGGACUUUGCCUUGCUAUAUUCAUUUGCGACCAUCUCUGGUGAUGGAAACCUUGUCAGGCAAAUGGAGAAUCCACUACUCACGAUGCAUACAGUGAGAACUAAUACAACUCUUCAGGCAGGAGAACCAACAGGGCUCUUCUCAUACCUUUAUGCAAGACAAGCAUUGUUAGAUGGAUACUUGCCUCAUUUCUUCUACACUUAUCACUAUUUUGCCACAUCACAACAGCUGCUAGACUUCAUCACCAGUCGCUUUUUGUUCGCUUCCAAGCAAAAGUUGCGGAAUGAAGAAGAUGAUUUGGCAUUGUCAAUCAUCGCCAGAACAUGCUUUAUAGACAUUCUUCAUGUAUGGGUGGAAGGGUUCUUUGAUGUGGACUUUAAGCCUUAUCCACAGUUUCUUCAUGAACUUCUGUUGUUUGUGUCCGACCAGAUGGUACCUGUUGAGCAGCAGAGCAAGUUUCUGCUCCAGCUUCUUGAGCGCAGGCAGCAAGAUGCGUCAAAUGGGUUGACGUCAGUUGCUGCUAGGGUUCAAAACUCAGAGAGCAGUUUACCUACAAUCACCAAACCUUUGCCUUUACCGUGGCAAGUACCCAACAGCUCACACAGCGACAAGAGCGGUGGUUUCAAAGCGAGUCUAAUGGCUUGCUUUGUCCGCAAGCCCAGCAAGCAGCAGGAGCCGAUGGCCUACACCCCGGCACCCCAUGCUCCAAGGGAGGGUUUUCACAUGGGUGACCAUACCUCGCAGACCAUAGCUCACGUCUUAACUCUCAUCCAGCAGGCUUUAUUCAUCCAAGUUCACCCCAUCCACUUCCUGAACUCCCGCUGCCAUAGCAUCAGUGUCAAAGACACUGCAAAGUCUCCUUACUCUCUUCAGCUCCAGCCUACUCCUUCCUCAAAGACCGAUGGAGACGGAGUGGAAACGAAGAGCCUCUUUGCCGAGAAGGUCUUUGAAGGGAAGGAGAUCAGGGACCUGUUGGACCUGGGCCAGGUUGUUUCUCAUUGGGUCUCAGCGGAGGUGGUGUCUUCUUCUUCAGCCAAGGCUCAAGUGGCUCUCUUGAGCAAGUUUAUAUCUGCAGCCAAGACGUGCUUUGAACUCCGCAACUUUGCAUCCUGCGUUCAGAUCUUGGAUGGAUUAGACAAUGUCAUAGUGAGACAAGUGCCAGCGUGGCGUGACCUGCCUUCCAAGGUUGUAACCAUCUACGAGGAACUCAAUGCUUCCAGGGUUCUCCUACAAGGGGACAGCGAAUACCUGAUGAAGGGCGAGAAGACCAGUCCGACCCUCCCGGCUACCCUUCUCUUCCUGCUUCAUGUGCAACAGCUUGAGAUAGGUGGAUUCCAGCUCACCAACGGCAUGUUCAAGUGGAACAAACUAAGAUCGAUAGCCAAGCUUGUUGAUGAGAUCCGUAUCUUCCAAGAAGCCUCAUAUUCCUUUGAUGUGGAGUCAAGCUUACCAGGACAACUCAAACAACGCAUGGACGAGUUCAGUAGUCAGGACAUACACGUCUUGGCUGCACGGCAUAGCUCUAAUUACCAUCAACUCUCGUCUGAUAAGGGGCGCAAGUUUACCUCCACGUUUCAGAAGAUGAGAGCUGGUCUUCACUAGAU